AUGGAGCUUGCUCUCCAAUUCAAUUCCCACCUUUUCCAACAAACCCACAAAGCACCAUUCCUUCCAAACCGGCUCAACUCCAUUGUCUCCUGCCGAGCCACCAUGACUAAUAGCAGCACUGGCCGAAAGAGCAAUUUGUACCAAGUGCUAUCACUCUCAUCGGAAAGUGUUGGGCCCGAUGAGAUAAAGAAGGCCUACAGAAAGCUGGCCCGACAGUACCACCCGGACGCCCGACCCGCAUCCGGAAAAGAGGAGUCGACCCGUCGGUUCUUGGAGAUCCGAGAGGCCUACGAGACGCUGUCCGACCCGGCCUCCCGUCUAGUCUACGACUACCAGCUCAGCACGGCCAACUACGUCGGGAGGCCGCGUCGGAGCGAGUGCUCGUCGCCGUCGUCGAGGGCGGUGUGGCAAAUGCAGCUUCAUGGGCUGAAGGAGCGGUCCCGGGUCAGGAUGGAGAGAAAGAGUUAUAGUUCUUAA